AUGCGAUGGCAAAUGAUUUGGAGUAACUUCAUCCAGAAAGUACUUCUGCUGUCUCUGGCUGGACAAGGAAUUAUGGGGAACAUCUUUGUUCUUGUGAGAACUGUAUAUAUUUUUUCCAUGGGCCCUGAGAAAAAACCCUCAGACAUAGUCCUUAUUCACUUGGUUUUCUCAAAUACAUUACUUAUUUGUAGCAGAGAGAUCACAGAUAUAGCCACAGACCUUAAUUACCUAAAUUUUCUAGGUGAUGUGGGUUGUAAACUUGUAGUUUAUCUGGGAAGAGUGGCUCAAGGGCUUUCCAUCUGCACCACCUGUCUCCUCAGCAUGGUCCAGGCCAUCACCAUAAGUCCCAGAACCACCCUGUGGGAAAAGCUCAAACCAAAGGCUGCAUGGCAAGUUCUUCCCUAUCUGCUCCUCUUUUGGAUCUCUAAUUCUCUGAUAAGCUCAAACCUGCUACACUACAUCACAGCAGUCAGAAGCAGAAACAGCUCUCGGAUUGAAAUAUCUUAUCCAUAUUGUUAUAUGUUACCAUCUAAGCAAAUAAUUAAAUGGCUUUUCCUCUCCCUCAUGGCUCUCCGGGAUGUGAUCUUUCAGAGUCUCAUGGGCUGGAGCAGUGGGUACAUAGCUUUCCAUCUGUAUAAACAUCAUAAGCAAGUCCUCUACCUUCAUAGCUCCAAGUUUACAAACAAUUCCAGCCCAGAAAUCAGAGCCACUCUAAGUACUCUUGUUCUCAUGACCUGUUUCCUUGUCUUUUAUUGGGCAGAUUUCAUGUUGUCCUUCUAUAUAGGUUCCACCUUAAAACAUGAUUCCAUGAUUAUAAAUAUUAAAGUAUUUCUAGAACUUGGUUAUGCCAGUCUAAGUCCCAUUGUGUUGAUCAGACGAAAUGUCCAUCUGGCCAGAUGUUGA